AUGUUAUUUUUAGUGCUCCUGACCAUAUUAGUCCAUUACAUAUGUUCGUCUCCUUUGAGUGAUGCUGAGGCUGAAAGAACGCUGAUCUACCAUGACAGCCCUGAUACCUUUGAGAAUCGCAAAAUUGUGAAAUUUCUACUGCAAUCGCUUCGUAAGCGAAGUCGUAGAAUACAUCUUGGAAGAGGCAUCACUCGUGAAAGGCCACCGGAAAUGCCCGAUCUUGGUCCGAAAAAUAAUAUCUCUGCUCCAUCAAUCUCGGAAGCCAACAAAGAUGUUGCUGAUUGGAUGUUUCAAGGAGAUAUCUUGCUUACUCCACUCCAAGCUAGCUUACUAGUCAGUGAGCAGGACAAAGAAGAAGAGAAUCAGUCUGAAAAUGGCACAGUCCGAGUCAAAAGAGCAUGUGAAACAAAUUCAGCUUUGUACUGGAGUCCAAAAGUCUACAUUAAUUAUACCAUAGAUAGCUCUUUAGCUACAACUACAGCUAGUCUCAUUCGACAAGCAGUCCAGUUUUGGCAGUCCAAUACUUGCUUAAAUUUCAGGGAAAACGCAAGUGGAAAUCAUCGUUUGCGAUUUUAUAAGGGCAGCGGUUGCUGGUCGUAUAUCGGAAAACAGACUUGGAGCAGUCAAGACAUUUCUAUUGGGAGCGGCUGCGAAACUAUGGGAAUUGUAGCACACGAAAUGGGACAUGCUUUGGGAUUUUACCAUACACAGUCGCGUUACGAUCGCGACGAUUGGGUCCGAGUCUACCUCAACAAUGUGGCCUCAAACCAGCAAUAUAAUUUUGAUAAGAUGACACCUGCGAGGGAAACUCACUUUGGACAAGCUUAUGAUUACGGUAGCGUCAUGCAGUAUGGCCCAUAUGCAUUUGCUAUCGAUUACAAUCAGUACACCCUGACAGCAGUAAAAACUGAGUAUCAAAACGCUAUGGGACAACGAGAAGCUCCCGCUUUUUCAGAUAUUCGAAUGAUGAAUUGGCUCUACAAUUGCUCGAGUUAUUGCGUCAACACACCCGUGCCUCCUUGCCGUAAACCCGGAUAUGCGGAUCCAAGAAAUUGCGGUACCUGUAAAUGCCCUCGUGUCUUCAGUGGACAGUAUUGUCAGAACCUUCCAACUGGUACAGCAGCAAACUGUAAUGGAGCUGUUGUACAGGCCACCUCCACAUCAUGGGCGACAUUGCGUGGCGUUGCUGGCACUGCAAAUAGUUACACUACUACGUCUACAAAAGACUGUUACUGGCAUAUUCAGGCUGAAAAAACAUUAAUUUACCAUGACAGCCCAGACACUUUUGAGAAUCGCAAAAUUGUGAAAUUUCUACUGCAAUCGCUCCGUAAGCGAAGUCGUAGAAUACAUCUUGGACGAGGCAUCACUCGUGAAAGGCCACCGGAAAUGCCCGAUCUGGGUCCGAAGAAUAACAUCUCUGCUCCAUCAAUCUCGGAAGCCAAAAGAUGUUGCCGAUUGGAUGUUUCAAGGAGAUAUCUUGCUUACUCCGCUCCAGGCUCGCUUACUAGUCAGUGA